AUGUAUUUGGUCGUGAAAUCUGUAAGGGACCUCGUCUGUGAUGAGAACAAGAUGAUUGGUGAUACUGGUGCUUCCAGCAGUUAUGAUUAUGUCGAAGGAUUUGGCGCCCGUGAGGUGAUUGGAGUUUACUCAGGAAUAUAUGCUGCCUUGGAUCGUUCGAUAGGCCUGCGCCAAAGUUUGGAUCAGCACGAACAGGAAGAGGAUUUUGAUUCCACAAAACAAUGCAAAAUCUGGCCAAGCAAGUGA